AUGGCUCAUCCAGGCAAACUAAUUAUACACCCUAUGAAUGCUAAGUUAACUCGGGACGUUGAAGUAAUUGGAACUAUGGACCCAUACUGCGUAAUUUCAGUAGGAAACCAAGAGCUGACCUCAAAUAUUUGUAUUGAAGGUGGCAAAAAUCCUCAUUGGGACGAUCCUCAUACCUUUACAAUCAACAAUGAAGACACCGUCACAAUCAAAGUUAUGGAUAAACGACUUAUGAAAAAAGAUGACGAAGUAGGAUCAGUGACUGUCCCACUAUCUAAUAUUUUUAACACGAGAAUGGCUGAGGACUGAAUUGAAAUAUUGCAUAAUGGAGAACUCGCAGGACAUCUCAGACUCCAUAUAUCGUUUAUACCAAGAGAUACAGCAAAUGAAAAAGAAAUGGAACGUCAAGAACUGCAAGACGUAAUAAGUGAUCCAGUUAAUUUAUAA